AUGAGUGACACGAAAUCAAACCAGACACGAAAGCCGGAAGGCGGUGUCUCCCACUUAACGAGUGCGGAGCAUCAGGAGAGAGCGUAUAACGGAUUGUCAGACGACGAGAGGUUCUGGGUGAAACGGGCGAUGGAGUAUGCGAUACGCGAGGAGUACUGGGACGCGAUCAGCGCAUUCGCGUCUGACUUGAACAGAUCAAGCGGCACUCCUGUGUUUACCAUCUAUCAGACUCUCUUGAGAUAUAUUGAGAGUCCGGAGAAGUUCGAAGAGGGACUUCUCGGGUUUUUCAAGAUCGAGCGACGGUGA